UUCUUCCACAGCGGUAUAAAGCAGGUGGCCACUGCUGCUGCUGCUGCUGUUCUCCACUCCUCAGAGUGUCCAUCACCGGAUUUCCAUCGACCAGGAACUUUACCAAACCCUGCCACCAUGCCUAAGUGCCCCAAGUGCAGCAAGGAAGUGUACUUUGCGGAGAGAGUGUCAUCUCUAGGAAAGGACUGGCACAGGCCCUGCCUGAAGUGUGAGAAAUGCAACAAGACCCUGUCCGCCGGCUCCCAUGCAGAGCACGAGGGAAAGCCGUACUGUAACAACCCCUGCUACUCUGCGCUCUUUGGACCCAAAGGGUUUGGACGUGGAGGAACCGAAAGCCACUCAUUCAAUUGAACUUUUACACAGAUUUCCUCCCUCUACAAACCAGCGUCUACUGGGGAAUGUAGGAAGUUGGACGACACCAUUCAACUGCAUUUUUUUAAUCUAUUUUGCUAAACCAAAGGAAACAGUAACCAAACCAUGGCCUUUAGGUUGUUUUGAAAAUACCAGUUUGUAUUGUAACCACUGAGGACUGGUUUCCCAGACUUAGAUUAAGCUAAAGCCUAGUCUCAAAGGAACCAAAAGUCCUUCAUGUCCAGGAAACCAGUCCUGUAGCUUUCAUUUUUGGAGAAUGUACUGUAGUUUGUUUUUCGCACCAAGGAAUGAUGGUCUGACCAAUAAUUUUGAAGCACUAUUCAAGCUUCUUUUUUCUUAUUAAAGAAUCAAUUGUACAUUUGAA